UCUGUAUCUGUCGCCUCUUGGAUCUCCCUGAGCGCAGCUGUCGGACUGCUGCGACUGUGAGUGGAUCCUCCCGCUCAGUGGCUGUGAGGGAGUGUGUACAGCACACCAGAGUUUCCCAAAGGCUACAACACAGAAGUCUGCAGCUCACACACUGCUCUUGUUCAACCGUCCUGGCUAUGGUACUGACACACAUGAGGGAAGGUUUGACUGGCUUCAUACCGGACCUGACUCAGUACCCAUGAUCCCCAGCCAUCCUUGGCAUACCGUCUCAUUAAGAUGGGAAAUGCCUCCGAAACAUUUUUGCUCGUGUCCAGAAUAUCAAAAGACAAUGACUUCUUCAUGGGAACGAUCUAUACCAUUUUUGGUGUGCUGUCGGUGCUGGGUAAUGGGACCCUGCUGUUCGUGGCCUAUAGAAAGAAGUCCUCCCUGAAGCCAGCAGAGUUCUUUGUGGUGAACCUUGCCAUCAGUGACCUGAGCAUGACCAUCACUUUGUUCCCGUUGGCCAUACCUUCAGCCUUCGCUCAUAUGUGGCUGUUUAAUAAGGUGACGUGUACCGUCUAUGCUUUCUGCGGCGUUUUGUUUGGACUGUGCAGCCUGACUAACCUGACGGUGCUCUCCAGCGUCUGCUGGCUCAAGGUCUGCUGUCCGAACUAUGGUAACAAGUUCUCUUUCUGCCACGCCUGCCUGCUGGUUCUUGGAGUAUGGUUGUACGCUGGAGUGUUCGCGGUGGGCCCCCUGACAGGCUGGGGUGAAUACGGGGCCGAGCCUUACGGCACGGCGUGCUGCAUUAAUUGGCAUGCGCCCAGCGAGAAUCCUGCAGCUAUGAGCUACAUCAUCUGCCUCUUUUUCUUCUGCUACAUUGUGCCCUGCACCGUCAUCUUCCUGUCUUACACGUUCAUUCUGCUGACUGUUCGAGGCUCCCGCCAGGCUGUGCAGCAGCACAUGUCCCCACAAAACAAGAUCACCAACGCACACGCACUUAUUAUCAAGCUUUCAGUGGCUGUUUGCAUCGGUUUCCUGACAGCAUGGAGUCCAUAUGCUAUCGUUUCCAUGUGGGCAGCCUUUGGUGUCCCGUCAAAUGUUCCACCGAUGGCUUUUGCUCUCGCAGCUAUCUUUGCCAAGUCCUCAACCCUUUACAACCCUAUUGUUUAUCUGGUCUUCAAGCCAAACUUUCGCAAGUUCCUGUGUCGGGAUGUGGCUCAGUGUAGAAGAAAACUCUGUGGAUGCAUAUGUCAGGACAGCUCAGCGCAGAAGGAAAUGUGCAUGCAGUCUCACUAUAAAGAGGAAUGCAACUCUACCAGGUUGUCCAAUGGGCUACCUGAGAAUCACGGGACAUGCAGACACUGUCCUUGCCCAGAAACAGCUCGUGGUUCCAGAGAAAACUGUGCAGCACACAGCCCCCAGCAGACGGCCAGGAUACUGAAAGGAUCCCAACACAGUGAGGUGGCUGUAAGCCAACUCUCCAAUGAGUUGCAAAGUGACUUCCUGUAGAAAAUAACAAAAACAGCCAGACAGAGUGAAGAUGAGGAAAAGACGUGGAACUGAAUACAAGAAAGACACUAAUUGAAGUCAAUGAAAAGGGAAAACAAUGAUGGUUUGGAGAAAAGAAUAUUAUUA